UUAAGCUUGCUGCUGAUGUAGCACUUGUAUUCACUUGUUCGUGACAUUUAAACGCGUGUAUUUACUUAGUACCAAUUAGGAGUGAUUGACGAGCGAUAUGUGUUUCUAUCAAAACUUGAGUCAUCCAUGGUGUAGAAAUAUCGAUCGUUGUUCUAUUACUGGCAGAACAGUCAUCCGCGUUUCGUUGAUAUCAGCGAUUGUAGCCGUACUAAUAUUUCUGUUAAUGAAUUUUUGGUUGAUUUUACAUAAACCGAAAGUUCAAAUCAAAGAAGGUUACGUCCAAGGUAUAAUGAUGGAAACUAGAAACGGAAGACAAAUUUUUGCUUUUCUCGGAAUACCUUACGCUGAACCGCCGCUUGGAAACCUAAGAUUUCGUAGUCCCGUCCCAAAGAAAGCAUGGAGAGGAACUCUAAAAGCGCACAAAGAGGGUCGGCUGUGUUUGCAAUAUGUUGCAAACAAAGUUGUUGUAGGACAAGAAAAUUGCUUGACAAUGAACGUUUAUAGUCCAAAGUUGAAGGGAACCGUCCUGCUACCUGUAAUGGUGUUCACUCAUGACGGUGGAUUCAUGAGAGGAAAUUCGAGUGACCAUUAUUUCGGACCUGAUUACUUGCUCGACAAAGACAUCGUACUUGUCACCCACAACUACCGAUUAGGUCCUUUUGGAUUUCUCAGCACGGGAGAUGCAGCCGCCCCAGGCAACUUUGGUUUAAAGGAUCAACUCUUAGUACUCAAAUGGGUUCAGCGAAAUAUACGUGCUUUCGGCGGCGAUCCUAAGAAAGUGACGUUGGCUGGUCAAAACAUGGGUAGCGUGUGCGUUCAUAUACACGCACUUUCGAACAAGUCGGAACAUAUGUUUAGUCGCGUCAUAAUGCAAGGUGGACUCGUGUCCCAAGCGUUUUCAUUUCAUCAUGAUCCUUUGUACUUUGACGCCGCAAAAAGACUUGGGGGAAAGAACAAUUGUCCGACCAACGACUCGUAUUCAUUAGUGAAUUGUCUGCGACGUUUGACUGCAUCAAAAGUAAUGGAAACUUCAUUGGUUUUUACACAUGUGCAAGAACUCUUGAACGCGGGAUGGGGGCCGGUAGUGGAACCACAAUCCGAGGAUGCAUUGUUGACGGAGUCCCCUACAAGUUUGAUCGAAAAAUGCGAGUUGAAGAGAAGUCCGUAUAUUAUUGGAUCCCGUCGUAAUGAAGCAAUCUCAGUGGUAAAAGCACUGUAUUCAAAUGAAACAUUGUAUAAGUUUUUGGCAAAUGACCCAUUAUCACUAAUGGCCGAAGUAUUGCAAGACAUUUAUUUUCUGAAAGAUAGAAAUACGACGCAUAUAGCAAUCGAAGCACGGAAUUAUUACUUAGGAACUGAGAUGUUAAAUAGAAGUGAACAGAUUUCACACGGAAUUGGACAAUUUCUAACAGACGUAAUUAUGUUCUAUCCUGUUACCCGAUAUCUGAAACAUGUGACAGAAGUUUGUGGACAUAAAGUUUACAACUAUUUAUUCAAUUAUGGGGACACUUUUUCAGAGUUGUAUUUGCAAGACAAUAAGACAUGGGAUGAUGACCUAAUUUAUUUAUUUCCACAGAAAUUGGAGCCUGUGAAUUUAACUUACAAGUUUGAACCGACUGUGGCUGAUCACAAUAUCAGUGAACUUAUGGUAGAUCUGUGGACAUCAUUUGUAAUUACAGGUAUACCGACAUCGACUCUUCUGAGCUACCCGACGUUGUGGAAAACGUAUGAGAAUAAUAAUUCUUUCCUUCAAAUAGUCAUAGAUAAAUCCGGGAAGAGAGAACAGAAACACGAGCGUCAGAAGAAUUUCAACGGGGCUUCAGAUUAUUUCUCGAGAUCAAAUUUAGUGGAGGAUAAAGAAAACGAAGUAAAUUUCACGAUGAAAUCGAGAAGUAUUUCUCAUUUACAAGAAAACAUUUCCAGAGAUGCUUUAUCUCGGUGCUCUUCGAAUGGGACAUACGAAAUUUCCCUUUCCAAUGACUCGAACAUUGACGAAGUUUUCAUGUCAGAUGAUAAAUCAGUUUCUUUUGGUUCUAAAAGAACGAAAAAUCAAUCGAAUCAAUUGGAAGAAAGAACUGGAUCUUUUGUGAACAGGAGGAUGUCAGGAGAUAAAAUUAUCGAAGAUGCUCUUUUCAGCUGUCCUUUCGAGUUGGUCGAAAUUUAUCCGGGAAAUAAAGAGAAUAUUGACAAUCUUGAUCAAAUAUCUUCCGAUUUGAAUCAGAGAAGAAGCUCGAUGAGGAGUUUUCCAAAAGAGGACAACGAAUCUUCCAAAUCCGUAUUCUUUGAGGAGAAUGUUCCUCCACUAAGAAAAAUAGCAUCGAAACAAAUGAAAAAGGAAAUGUAUAUUGUUGAGAAUGAGAAUGCAAAAUGUGGAAAGAAUAAUAGGGAUGUCGAGAAAAAUAUUUACGAAUCAUUUCUAUCUGUUCAGACGAUUAAGGGAGAUCUUCAAGAGAAGAAUGUAAGCACAAAUGUCAAAAAUUUUAAUGGAACCUGUAAAUUAAAUAUAGAUAGAAGUAUGAAUUCCAUUACUUCUAACGGUGCCAAGAGAUCAUAUAUUGAUGGAAAAGAGAUGGAUUUAUCGAAAGAAUGUUCACAAAAUAGAUUUCUUGAAAAGCCAGUAGACUCUAAAGAUUCUCUGGCGCAAAAUAUAACAAAAAAGGAACAUGCCUUUGCGAUUGAAAAUAAUUCUGCAAUAUUAGAAUCACGAAAAACGUGUGCAAAUGAUGAAACAAAGUUUGCUGCAUGUGCUGAAUGUGACGAGACUUCAAAGAAAGAAGUGAAUUUAAUUGGAAUCAAGAAAAAGGAUCUAAAUGUUACCAUUGAUACGCAUGAUGAAUAUUUUGUAAAUUCGAGUACAAGCAGAAACAUCGAAUAUACAAAUGGUUCAUCUAAAAAUAUUAAAAAUUCUGAUGCUGAUUCCUUGAUCAUAGACGAGGCAAUGAUCGAUACGAGAAAGAGAAAAUCGAAUUUUGAAAUGGAAAGUGUUAACAAAAACAAGAAUUUAAAGAUAAUUACUAAAAUGGAAGAGAAACAAGAAGAAAGUUUAAAUAACAACAGAUCGUGUAAUGAAAAGAAAGGAUUACUGCAAGUUGAUAGUAGGCAAAAUGAAGGAAAUCAAAAUUCCAAACAAAAAAUAACGGAAUACGUAAUAGAUGAUUUUGGAGAUGGUAUAAGGGAAAAGAACAAAACAGACGAUAAUAAUAGGGGGAACAUAAAAAUAUGUGAUUUAUUGAUGAAAAUCCAUGAACAAUUAUUUAUUAAUUUUCAAAAAAUGGAAAGUAUUUGGAUAAAGUUGCAGAGCAGAGGUUCAAUUGAUUCUGUUCGUUCGACAAUGGCCUUGUGUCUUCUGACCAGAAUUAUUUCCAGGUGCAAGAGUUAUAUUCAUGAUUCAAAUGACAACUACAAAGCUGAGGCAAUGAUCACUAGAAGCUUGUCAAAUUUGAUCUUUCAAUUAGUAAAAGCAGUAGAUCAAAAUCAAAUUCUUUUGAAAAAACAGGAACAACAAAUAAAUAGCAUGCAGUUGAAAUGGCGUCAAGAAAGGAAUUUAUAUGAAAAAAGAAGAAUUACAAAUGAAGUUGUUUCAUUUUGGGACCAUGGGUUGAACAAAAUAUGUGAUAUAAUGCAAGUCAUUUCGAAUAUGUUAAAAACUAUUAUAGCUGAGAACAAAGAAAAGGAAAAUCUUAGAAAUCUAAGUUACAGGCAAAAAAGUGGAGUUGCCGAAGCAAAAGGCUUAAAAGCGAAUUUUUCGAAGAAAGAGAGUAACGUCGAGACAGAGGUGUUUAAAAAUAGUGUCUUGAAACGACCAAAGUCCAAAGCAUGUAUGAAAUCCAUAUGUACUCAAAAAUAUCGAGAAAAAGAAAAUUUGGUAGAUGGUCAAAAUAAAACCAUCGAGAGGAAGUUGAACGACAAUGUUCGUUGUCCCGAGAAAGGAAAGCUGUUUAAAAAACCAACGCAGAGUAUGAACUUCAAACGAUUAAAACAACCAGUCUCUAGACAAAAGUGUCGUGCUGUUAAUAAUUUACAGCCAGUAUGGCGACCGGGUGGUGCAAUAAAAUUUCCAUCCUUAAGCAAUGUUACUGUUUUUCCACAAAAGAGUCGACUUCUGUUUACCCAAGUCAAUGAAAGGCUGAAUCAACCAAUGGAAAAUAUGAAGGAAGUGAAACGAGGAAAAAUAGGUGAGCUGAAAAAGAAAGUCAGCGCCGAAACAUGUUCGGUAAAAUUCAUGAAUCCAGAAACCACGUCCAAAUUUAAACUAAAACCAGGAAUAUUAAAAGUAUCUUCCAAAAAACAUAAAGAUUCUUCUCGAUCAGAGUCGCCGUCUUCAAAAAACAGUGAAAAGGCUCCAUCUUUGGAAAGAGUUACUCGACAAAAUCCCUCCAGAGAGUCCAAAGUUCUUCAAAAACUAAAGGAAAUCAUAAAAUCUACACCAACUGAUGAAAAAGCUGAGAGAAGUACAAAUAAGUCGACGGAUCGUUAUGAAUAUCGAACUAAAACAAAUUCCACUUCAAUCAAGGAACAAGUAAAGAUUCCGGAAGAGGAACCUACAAGAGACAUUGAUUCGAAUCAAAUAAUUAAAAGUCAAUCUAAAGAUGAAAUGUUUCGUAAACGGCAGCAUCUAAAUGAAGAAAUUUCACAUCUUCCAACAGCUGUAAUAACGUCAACAAAUUCUGUGUCAUCCUCUAUAACGAACGAUAAUGAAGAUACACAUUCAAAAUCAAGCUUUCCUCUGGAAAAAUCUCAACUAAAGAAUAAUUGCAAUUUCCCUUCCGCAACUAAUACCAGUUGCACGGCAAAUUUCACUUCGAGUUCGGAUUAUAUAACUAGAUUAGUGUCCUCGAAGUGUUGUUCGACUUCUCCUGGUAUUAUUUCCCCAUUGAGCACCAUUAAACAAAAGAAAAUACAAGAAAGUAGUUACUCUGAAUUACAUACUCCCAAUUUCAUCGAAGACAAAAUCAAUGAUUUAGUAAUAAAAGAAAAAUUCAAAAAAUCACUAGUUGCUAACGAAGAAAGAUCUAUUUCAACUUCACAAGUAAUGUCCUUGACUAUGCUCAAAGAAUUUCUUUGCGAACAAGGAGUAGACAUUAAUUUGGUGAACACGGCUGAACGAUACAUGAAAAAUAAACAGAAAUAUCGUAAUUGUUUGAAGAAAAAGUCUGCGAGUUUGGCUGAUGUAAUCUUUAAUAUUCAACCCAUUAAAGGUUCAGAAAUCUCAUUGAAGAAUUCCAAUUAUCAGGAAAGGACUUCAAAGGAAAUCGUGAAAAAUUAUGAAAAUUCACAGGAUUGUACAGAUUUAGAAGACACUGCAAGAAAAAUAGCUCAACAUUACAAAACAAGUCUGACGUAUUCUAUACCUCAAACAAAAGACACUUUCACUUUUUGUGAAGAGAAAAUUAAUAAAGAUGCGUCUUCCCAGACGAGGCUUCAUGAAACAGAAAAUAAAGGCAUACAAGUUGUUUUCGAGGAAGAUACUCCAUUGGCAACAAAACAAAGAACAAUGAAAACACAGACGGAAAUGGCCUCGGUUAAACAUGCUGCAAUCGAUUGUUGCAUAAAAAAUAAAAAUACAACAAGAUUUACAGAUAAGAGUAACAAUGCUUCAUCGAUGACAGACUCGGUUUCAGUUACAGACAGUUUCACACAAGUUGUACAAGUUUCCUGUGCUUCUAAAUUGGUAGCCACGGAAUGGUCGAAUUUGCCAAAAAAGUUAGAACAGAGUUUUGAGAAAAAUUCCACUGAUAUCAUUAUAAACACAUCCAAUGAAAUAUAUUCUGAGAGCAUUAAACUUGAAGGUAAACAACAUUCAAAGACAAAACAUUGUAAGAAAUUCUUGAAUCAAAUGGAGGAAUGUAGUGAUGUGUUUCUAUCAAAUUGUGAGCAACAUGAUGAUGAUUACGAAUUACAUUUUCACGAACUGACGCCAUCAAGUCAUUUAAAACAAUCAUCCGAGUAUCUAAAGAAUUCAGAUUGCCAUGUUAAAAUAGACGCAAAAUUGAAUAAUCUUGAUAAGCUUAUUUCUAACGAAACACUAGCGGCUUUACAAAGUGCUUCGAUUCAAGUUGAGAAUUUGUACAAAGCGAUUUACAUCUACCAAAAACAUAUAGAAAGCAAAUUAAAAAAACAAGAAGAUAGAAUACAAAUUCAAAAGGCAAGAAACAAGACAUCAAACAAAUAUGAGGAGAUAUUAAGGAGUUCACCGAAAAGUGACAGUAUUGACAUCACCAUAAGAGACAGUUGCCAUUCUGGUAAAGAUAUUGUGAACAUUUUGUCGAGAUUGGAAAUUGCAUCGUCAAGCGACGAGUCUGAAUACGAAAUUUCGAGAUCUGUUUCAACGCCAAUCGUAAAUAUAUAUAAUGAACAAAGUACAAAAGACGGUUCAAAAGAAUCCUCUACCGUUUUGAAAGAUGUAAAAUCCUUAAUGGAGUUGUUGAUUCAAAAAAUGGAUAACAAAAAAACACAGCGGAUACGUUGCAUAGAAAGAGUUUCGAGUAAAACAUGUUCGAAUAUUCACAUAAAAAUUUCGAAAGUGGAAGAUAAGAAAACAGAAAAUUGCUUUUCAAUUUUCUCUAGGCAAAGUUUAUUACCAUUUAUUUACGGAAUUGUAUGUUUCGUAGUAUUUUGGUGUUUGCAUUUCACGAUUGUUUGCGAUAUUGUCACAUAAUUUGUAUCAGUUUUCCGUAUCUUAUACAUUCAACUUUUUUCCCUUUUAAUCGUGUUUGUAAAUCAUUUAUUCCAUUGUUAGAUUUAUAUUUUUAUUCGUUGAAUUAUUUAUCGAAAUGAAUAAUAAUAAAGUAGUUACAUUAUUGUUUAAUAAUCAUUCCUUAAUAAUUGACAAAUUAAAUAAUAAACAUGUUGUUAUAUAGUGGAUGCUUUAUAUUAAAAUAUUUCGGUGUGGACGUAAAAAUAGGGACAGAGAAUUCACGAAUAUGUAAUAUUUAAUUAAGUUUUUAAUUAACACCUUGACCAGUGAAUUUAU